CUCGGGUUUUUCGCAACGACCAGCCUUUACACCUGUCACACACUGCGUGAAACUCCUUCUUUUCCUUUUGGCCCAACCCUCGACCCUGUGCCGCCUGGGGCUGUGAAGCUCAAUGAUGAGGACCCCUUAGCGCUGCAUUUUCCAGUUCGUGCGGAUGACGAGAAGCCUCGACUUAUUGAGUUGGUGUUUGACGUCGAACAGCCUGACUAUGAGACGCUGUUUCCAGAGGCCAGAGCAGAGGCCCUUGCUAUCCAAGCCAGUCAGCCUCCCAAGAUCAAACACGAACAUAACCGUAGAGACCUUGGAAACGGCGUUUAUACACCCUUUGAGUCUUCCAAGUUGCAUCUACCGUCGAACCAAUGUGCAGACUUUCGCGAGCUAGUCUCGACUCAAGAUUGUCUCUACGUCGAUAAGACUUUGGUGACUAUCACUAUCGAAGAUCCUGGUUUCGUUGGUGUCGUUGGUCGCCCCCCAGGUUGCGGCAAAACGACAUGGCUAUCUACCUUGGCCUACCUCCACGACAUUCAUCACGCAAAAGACCAUCAGCAAGUUGCACCCUUUGCCGAUGACGUCCCUUUUCCGGGAGCCAACAGGCAUCAUAUUUUUCGACUCGAUUUUGCAGAACUCGUGCUUUUUGUUCGCACUAAAGCUGAUUAUACUCGCGAGGAUUCGAGCUCGCCUGCGUAUAGUCGGACGUACAUGUAUGCUGCAAGAGCAUUGAAGAACUUUAUCUGCGAAAAGUUUCGGAAGUUCUUUGACAAGUACCAGGAAGAGAUCCACAUAUCCGAUAGCAAAAAGGAGUUUUGCUUUUCACCCCCGAGGAAAUAUUUCUCUCCACAUCCCCUCUACAUGCUCAUCGACAAUUACACAGCUCCUUUCCUUCACGAGCACCUUGACGAGGACACUAAAUCGCAGAUAGAUGCUUGCCUAUAUAAAGAGUUCUUCUGUAUCGUAGGACCUUUGAUCAAUCUUGGGCGACUCGAUAGGGUUACGAGUUUACCUAUGGACUUGGGCGGCUUGGGGAAGAUUGUACGAAUGCGGCUGCGAUGCAGGGGACGUUUGGGUUUACGGCUGCGCAGGUGAUAACGAUGAGUGAGGCGCUGGGGGUUGAGAAUGGUAGGGUGGUUGAGGUGUUGAGGAGGGAGGGUGUUAGGGCUGAGACGUUUGUGCGCAAAUUGGAAGAGGGAUACUACUAUGGGUGGGUAACGUGUCGUUUGUUUGAAUUUGAUGAAGAUGAUCCACCGGCGCCUGUGUAUCCUAUGAGGCCGGUGCUUGACGUUCUGAGGAGGCUGUCGGGGAACGAGAUUUGAUGUAGUCAUUAAUACCUAUGUAUACGUUAUAUCGAGCGAACUAUAAUGUCAAUGUCUGUAUCGCGUCUUUAUCUUUGAGCUCUAUUUUUUUUCCUUUUACAAUACAAUUCCUUCUCUGGUAUAUUGGCAUGGAUAAGAC